AGUGGCAAAACAUCAUUUCUUUCAUCCGUCUGGUCUAGGGUUCGAACCUUCCCUUUUUUCAUUUUCACCAUUUUUCCCUUCCCUUUCCCUUGUCAUCUUCAACCUCCAGCCAUGAAGAAUCCGGAUCCUUCAUCUCGUCCACGCAGAAAGGUUAAAUUUGCCCCAAAACCCACACCGCGCAAAAGGCCACCCCCCGCGCCAAAACCCGAAGACGAAGACGGCAAUCAAAAUGCUGCCCAAACUCGGUAUCUCUUGCGCCGCGCCACCGAGAAUCUUGGAAAACGUGGGACCAAGGUCGAGAAAAAACCUUCAGUCCAAGUUGCAUUUGGUCCCGGAGCAGCAUCAGCAUCAUCUUCCAUAAGAACAUAUGGCGUUCCCAAAGUGGGGAACAGUAGUAGAAAAAAUAACAUUGAGCCUGAAAUUUCUGACGAUGAGGAAUCUAUCUUGCCUCUCCCUGUGGAUGUUGAAGAAGAUGGGAUGAUUUUCGAUCAAAAAAGCGAAGAUGGAACACCCGAAUCCGCCAUGGCUACCAAUGCUGUGGUACUAACCAAGGCCAAGAAGGAUUACAGAGAACCUUGGGAUUACCAUCAUUCUUACUAUCCCAAUACGCUUCCUUUACGGAAGCCUUACUCCGGACACCCAGAACUACUUGAUAAAGCUGAAUUCGGGCUGGAUGCACCGGAUAGGGAGUAUGACGAGAACGCUGCAAUACCUGCAUUAGAUCUAGAAUUGCUGCAGGAGGAAAAGGAGGAGAAGACUAUGUACUUUUUUCAGCUUCCUGCCUGUCUUCCUUUACCCAAACAAUCAUCUACUGCAACAAGGAAGGAGAAAGUAGGAAGUUCGAGAUCUUCGAACAGCAAAGGCACGUCAGAGCUCGGCGAUUUGAAGAAAUUGCCUGGUGGAUAUAUGGGGAAACUACUGAUAUACAAGAGUGGAGCUGUUAAGUUGAGGCUUGGAGAAACUCUCUACGACGUUUCUUCUGGUUCAAACUGCAGCUUUCUUCAACAUGUUGUGGCAAUCAACACCGAAGAGGGACACUGCUGUGAUCUCGGAGAUGUCGGAAAACGAGUCGUUGUGACGCCAGAUAUUAGUUCCCUGCUGAAUGCAGUGACUGACUAAGGAUUAAUGUGAAAAACUAUGCCUGUGGAUAGAACAACCAAAAAGAAGAGAAGAAGGCAAAGGCUGCAAUGUCAAUAGAUUUGAUGGCUGGCUCUGGCUUAGGCUGUGUGUACUACUUGUAAGUGGAACUGCUGAAGAUGCUGACUUGGUAAGGAAGUUUCAUUUUGAUGGUCUUAGGAUGUGAAUUUCUUGACCAAACUGCCUCCUUUGUUGAUUCUAAUACCAAAAAAAAAAAAAAACAUAUUUAUUGUCUCUGAUUUCUAGCUAUGGAAUAGAUUGACAGAUGACAAUGUUGAUAUUGUAAA